CACAACGCGCCGCGGGCGCCUGCCAGACACCUGGGUUAUGGUGGAGGAUUAUUAUCUACAGUGACAGGUUCCCUGUGUGGCCUCGCGUGGCUCGGCCUCAGUUUCUCACCUAUCGAGUAAAGUUCUGCACAGCGGAUCUACGAGGUCUCUCCCACGCUAAGGUGGCGGCCGCAGCAGGGCCUACAUCAGAGCUAGUGGCUGCUUCCUCCUGCCAUCACAGUGCUAAAGAAAAACAAUGCCUUUGGGCAGCCUGCUUGGCCUGCUGAGGCCCUGUGCUAUGAGAGCAGCCUGUCCUGCACCCCGAAACCUGCACACAUCCCCCUGGAGAGCUGACUGCAGCAGAGCGUCUCUCACCCGGCUACGCCGCCAGGCCUAUGCGCGUCUCUACCCUGUGCUGUUGGUCAAGCAGGACGGCUCCACUAUCCACAUCCGAUACCGGGAGCCACGACGCAUGCUAGCGAUGCCCCUAGACCUGGAUGCCCUAUCUCCAGAAGAGCGCAAGGCCCGAUCCCGAAAACGUGAGGCUCAGCUCCAGCAGAAGAGGGAAGAGGAGCCAGAGAUGGUUGACAAUUUUGACACUGAACGAUACAAACAGUUUUGGACCAAGACCAAGAAGUAACUCUGUCAGGGAGUUCCACCGGAGCCAUUUUGUAAGGAUGGAGGGCAUCUGUUUAUCAUACAUUCUUGAACCAUAGCCUCCUGUCAUUGUCGUUUCUUAUGUGGAAGCCCAGUCCUGAUCUCAUCAUUUCUGAGAAUUAUGUGCCAGGUCAAAGCCAGAUUGAAAGGCUUUGCUUUAGGGUCCAUUUAGGUCAGACCUGUGGGUUUUUGUUUUUUUUUUUUUUUUUUUGAUUAUUUGGUUUUUUUGAGACAUGGUCUUACCCUGGUAGGUCUAGAACUCAAUAUGUAAACCAGGCCUGACCUCCUGAGAGCUGGGAUUAAAGGUAUGAGACCUCUGGGUUUUCAACACUG